GGCAGUAAUGUCGUCGUCUAAUUUAGAAGCACCUCCAUUAAUGCGAAAAUUAUUAAUUGGACAAUUAUUUCAUAAUAUUGAUAAAUUGCCAAUAUAUAAUUCAAUUCGACAAAUUUGGGAAAUGGAUCUCCUUAACAACAACAUCACUACCACCACCACCAAUAAUAAUAAUAGUGUUCUGAAGAAAUUAUCAUGGUGUAUGCUUUGGUUACAAGGUAGAAUCAUUAAAAACUAUCAAUCACCUAAUAAUAAUAAUAAUAAUAAUAAUAAUAAUAAUAAUAAUAAUAAUAAUAAUUUCAUAUUAGAUGAUGGUACAGGUGAAUUAUUAAUUAUUUAUGAAUUGGACAAAAACCAACCAGUCAAUUAUAAAGUAAAUAUUGGAGAUUAUGUUGCUGUCAUUGGUAAAUUAGUUCAACCUAAUAAAGAUAAUAAUAAUGAUUAUAAUGAUAAAAAGGAAUGUUUGAAUGGUUGGCAUAUUCUAGCUAAAAGUGUUACACAUUUAACUGAUCAUAUUAUACAACAAGAUAAUGGUGAAUUAUUUACAACAUCAUCGUCAUCAUCACAAAAGAUCAUGCCGAAUUCAGCAUUUUAUGAAUUAUCUUGGCCUUUAGAAGUUAUAGAUAUGACAUAUUCUGUAUAAAAUUGAAUAUGUUUUGUAAAUACUAUUUUUUUUAUGAUGUAAAAUAAAAAUGUUCAUAUUGA